AUGUCCGCCUGCAACGCCCAGAACCCCCUCACUGCGAAGGGCAUGGCCCCGCCCAUCGAGCCGGUCAAGCAGGCCAUCGCGGUCCUCCGCAAGUUCUACUAUGGGGACGCGGGGGCCAACCGCGGCGUGGAGCAGAACGCCGACGGCACCGUCACCCUCAACUUUUAUGACGAGGGGCCACGCGAGGGGGCACGCACGCUGUUCGCGGUGAGGUAUACCCCCGAGUCGGAGGCGUUGGAGAAGCACCGUACCGAUCUCGCCGAGCGCCUCGCACUCCAGGCCAAGCUCGCCGAGAGUGUCGAGGUCUGA